CCACAAUAACAAUGGUUGUCGCACUUGGCUGUCAAAAGAAGGGACGACCUGGAACUUUUGUCUACAAAUUUGUGUUAACACUCGGCAUCACCGAAAUCCAUGGAAUUUGGCGAUGUUCGUCGAUUCAUGACGUUAACUAAUUUUUGACUUGUCAUGGUGAAGGUACGCAAAAUUAAAAUGACACUGUAGUGGAAGCCGAGAAACGCAGUCGAAGCAACAAAUGAACAGCUGACGAUGUUUUGUAAUUAGCAUGAUUUAACAUCUAACACUUGCUUGGCCUGCUCGCCUUUUUAAUUGAAAAUGUUCAAAGCUGAGGAAUCGUCGAAAGGUAGUUUCCUUCAGCACACAAAGGCAGCGAGAGAAGAGCGUGCCAAUGAAAAAAUCAGGAGGGAAGCAGCUACUUUCAUUCAAGCCCAUGUCAGAGGCUGGCUGGCGAGAGUUAAGUUCGCAAACAGAAUUCGGGCACAAUUUGAUAACGCCUUCCCAGAUGAAAAAGCCAGUGAUAACGAAACAAGUAAAGCUCUGGAACUAAAGCCUGCUUUACAGGUUUACAAAGUUAUCUCUAGGUUUUUAAUAGUAUACAAAUCGGACAAAGAUCAAGGAAGAGUGGAAAAGUUAUGCAGAUAUUUAGUACAAUCAAUUCUGUCGGAGUCUCCCGCACUUUCUUACGUUGGAGUUGCAUUAAGCAAAGAACAUUACAUAUCAUGGAUAUCUCAACUAAAAACAGUACUGCAACACUGCAUGACUGGUUUAGAGAAUCUUCGACCAGAAAUAGUGUCAGACCACAAGUCUAUUCUUCUGCGAUUGCAUACAUUAGUUAGCUUUACAUCACCUGGAACAUGGGCAAUCCAACAUCUGAAUGGAAUGGAAAAGCUCAAAGCUGGCAUGAAUCAGCUUUGUGCGAAUAUAAUGGGGCAUCUAGUCAACAAUGGGUUCUACAAUAUUAUGCAGGCUCUUUUAGUGAAAAGUUUAGGCAGAGAAACGAUCACAUUAGCACCUGUCGAACUAUCAGCAGUGAUAACAUUAACCUUGAGGCCAUUGAUUUCUUCUCAAAUGUCUGAUAAAUUGGUUUCAUUAUUUUUAAUAUACAUCCUUAGUGUACCAUCUUUGGUCUAUCAUCUACACAAAGUUUCUCCAAAGUGCAUUUCCUUAUUCACGACACAUAAUCUCUUCCUAAGAAGCUUGGAUUUAUUAAAUUCUGAACAAAAUUUGAGGAUAGUUUUCAAUGCUCUGGAAGGAAGUUAUGCACUAUGCCUUCUAGCCAAUUUAGUCCAAUUAGCCACUAUUGAAAGAGAAGAAAUAUUAAAAGAUGCAUAUUUCCCAUCGUUCACGUUCGUGGUGACAAAAAUGUUGGAGGCUUGUCAGCAAUACGUAGUUGCGAAGCAGAGUCACCUAACAAAUUGGCAUCCAAUUCUCGGAUGGUUUGCACAAAAAAUCGACCCUUCUCUUCCAGGAGCGAUUCCUUUUGUAAAGUUACAAUUGUCUGAGCUCUGGACUGGAAGAAUCGUAACUCAGUUGAUUGGUGAACCACUUAUGGAACUCGUUGAGAAUGAAUCGCCCCCACAAUUAGAGCAGCAAAGUACCUCAGUCGGUACUAAUAUUUUUGUUCGAGCUUUUAUGGAAGCAAGGACAAACCGAAAUAAUAGCAAUAAAAAUUAUCGCAAACUGGGAAGCCCGGAAACUACAAGAAUAGCUUUAAUUUGUUCCCUUUAUCAGACAGCUCUUCAUACUCUAACAGAGAUAAAAUUUGAUAUUUUGAUAGGAUUGUGCAAUGAUAAACUUUUAUACCACAUGUGGCUAUUUUUGGGAACUCUCGGUCCUCACUGUGGUUUGAAAGCGUUUCUUGAUCUAUUGGCUGCUAAUACGAAAUGCACCGCUCCUGAAUUCCACAUGUUAAUUUUAUUUUGCGAUUGUAUGACACAUUACGUUACAAUAUUGGAUGACAUGGAAAUGUAUGAGAAGCAGGAGCCGUUCAAACUCUCGGAUUUUAUCACGAUGUCUUAUUUCCUCAAUCAGUUUCUGUAUAAAGCAGUUCUAAAUAAUUUAUUUGAUGUUACAGAUGUGAAAUCAGUGUCUAAUAAUCCUCUAUUCACAUCGCUUCACACAUUACUGAUGACAAUAUAUCGUCGCGACUGUAGAAGAACUUUUUGUCCAGAGGGUCAUUGGCUAGCCAAGGAGGUUCGAGUGUCUGGAUUUCUGGCUGAUCUUGAAAAGGGAAGAAGAGGAGCAGCGCUACUUCUUUCCAAGAUGCCUCAUGUAAUACCCCAUUCAGAGAGAAUCGUGUUAUUUCGAAAGCACAUAGCAGAUGAAAAAGCAGUGCUGGGUUUGACCGAAAGUGCCUGUAAUAGUCCUCCUUCAACUCUGAUCUCAGUACAUAGGUCUCGUAUAGUAGAGGACGGUUAUCGGCAAUUGGCGAUGCUACCUUCUCAGGCUUUAAAAGGUGUGAUAAGAGUUCGUUUCGUUAAUGAACAAGGCUUAGAUGAGGCUGGAAUUGAUCAGGAUGGUGUGUUCAAAGAAUUCUUGGAGGAGACAAUCAAGAGAGUUUUUGAUCCCUCUUUGAAUUUGUUCAAGGCAACGAGUGAAAAUAGACUUUAUCCUUCACCCACAUCGUCGAUACAGGAAAACCAUCUCCUACUGUUUGAAUUCGUUGGCCGAAUGCUUGGAAAGGCUGUUUACGAGGGUAUAGUUGUGGACGUACCGUUCGCAUCAUUUUUCGUUUCCCAAUUCUCCGGUCAAACCGGUGGCGCUCUUUACAGUUCGCUCGACGAAUUGGCUUCUCUCGAUCGAGAUUUGUAUCGAAGUUUGACUCUUGUUAAACAUUACAAAGGAGACGUGCAACAACUGGAAUUGACUUUUUCACUGGACGAAGAUGUUAUGGGCAAAUUGGUUACGCACGAGUUGGUUCCUGGCGGAAGAGCCGAGCCGGUUACUAAUCUGAAUAAGAUUAAUUAUAUUCAUAUGAUGGCGAGGUUCAGAAUGGUCACGCAAAUCAGAGAUCAAACUGCGGCUUUCAUCAAAGGAUUUCGUUCAAUCAUCAAUCCAGAGUGGUUGUCUCUUUUCUCGACACCUGAGCUGCAAAGGUUGAUCUCAGGCGACAACGUCCCGAUAGAUUUGCGAGAUCUGAGAAGACACACUCAAUAUUAUGGCGGAUUCCACGACAGCCACAGAGUCGUUUGUUGGCUGUGGGAUAUUUUAGAAAAAGAUUUUUCUGAACAAGAAAGAGGUUUAUUCCUCAAGUUUGUGACUAGCUGUUCCAAGUCUCCGUUAUUAGGUUUUGCACACUUGGAACCUCCUUUUUCGAUAAGGUGCGUAGAAGUUGGUGCUGAUGAAGAUACUGGUGAUACAAUAGGUAGCAUAAUAAGGGCUUUUUUCACGAUACGGAAAAAGGAUCCGCAGAAUAGACUACCUACCUCUUCGACUUGUUUUAAUCUUCUAAAGCUGCCAAACUAUCAGAAGAAAAGUACUUUGCGAGAAAAACUGCGAUAUGCCGUUACGAGUAAUACAGGAUUCGAACUUUCGUAAUUUUUUGUGAAAAUAAUGUCUCGCUACAGCUGUGAAAACCAAAAAUUGCAAAAUUUCUUGCAAAUAAGUGAAGCGAACCGCAGAUUGGACUUAAUUCUAAAAGCUCGCUGAACUCGACUUUGUUUAUACAAUCGAUUGUGCACUGUACGUAAAAUUGCAAGAGCAUAUUUUCCUUGGAGUGCAUAUUCCACUUUGUGUAUAAAUUACCUACAAUAAAUAAGUGCAGUGAUGAUGAGUAGACUACCAUAUUUUGGAAUGAUAUCUAGUUCUAAGAGAGGAAUUGAUGGUGUUGAUAAGUACUAGUUUAUCGAAAUAGAAUUGUUUUACACAAUAUUCUUUGUACUCUCUCGGCAAUAAGAGAAAAACGAUUAUUGAUCAUUUCAACGCACAAUCACGUGUACAGACUGUAUUUUUAUUAUUUCUUCAGUUUCAUAGUUUUGGAAGCUAAUUAUUAGUAGUAUUGUUAGAUGAGAAGUGGAUGAAAAAGUUAGUACAAAGAGUAAUUCUUCUUCUGAACUUCCCUUUUGAGGCUUUUUAAUUAUACGACAAAACUUGUAAUUAUUUUUCACUCUCAACACAGACACACGUAAAGGACUUUGUUAUAUUUCUUUUUGUGAGCAAAAUAAGACGUGAUUUUUUGCUUGAAUGUUUUAUAUAUGUGAUUUUUCCUUUCAGAGAAGUGUGAUUAUUAAAAAAGUUUAUAUUGCAUUUUGAAGAAACGAUCGAAAAUUGUAAUUCAGGGUGAAUCGAAAAUAAAAAUGGUAUAAAUGAAGACGCCUUCGCAAUGAAAAGUUUCCUUUUUGGUAUUUUAUAAUAUGCAUACAAUUUGAAAUGAAUCGAUUAAUGUCUUGCAGUUGGAAAAAUUGUGAAUGUUAUUUUUGUUUCUUAAUCUGCAUGAUAUGCCUAAUGUGUACCAUUUUUUAUUUUAUUUUGUGUAGGAGACAUUUAAUUUUGUAUGGAGACCUGAAAAUUAAAAACAAUUUAGAAGCUCUAAAAGUCAGAAAUAAUUUUGUUCACUGUAGAAAAACUUCUUAUGUCCAAAAUGUACUUCCAAAAAAAUUGAAAUCAGAUCGUUAACUUAAAAAAGUUCAGCGACUCUUCAUUUUAAACGAUCUGAUCUUCUCAUUUUCUUUGAAGUACAUUUUGAUCGUAAAAAAGUUUGUCUGUGCUGAAAAAAAAGUAUUUAUAACUUUUAGAGCUUCUAGGUUUUUAUUUUCAUUUGUAGUUUUGUAAGAAAUAGGCAUAUUGUGCAGAUUAUACAACAAAAAUAACAUUCACGAUUUUGCAAAAUCCUGCUAUUAACUUUUUUUAAAUUCUAUUUGGGACUUCGCCCAACCACAAGGCAUUAAUCGAUUAAUUUGAAAUUUUAUGCAUGUUAUAAGGAACCGAAAAUUAAACUUUUUAGCUCUAAGGCGUUUUCAAUUUAUACACAUUUUUUCGACACGCACUAAUCUAUAAAGAAAGGCUUAAUUAAAAUUGUUCAAAAACAAGUUCGUGCGAACCUGCGACAAUGUGGACCACGAUUUUCGAAUGACUCGCUUAUCGUAUAUGAUAAAAAAGCAAUAUUUUAUAAACGUACGUGUACAUUAUUGAUAUGUUAAGGAAAUGAUGAAAAUGAUGAUUUAAUAUGCUUAUGUAAGAAUUCUUAAUAAUCAUGUAAAUAUGCAAACAA